UGAAUGGGUAGAAGCUGCCUCGCCUUCUGUCCUGGCCCUCCCCCAUGUCCUCGGUGCAUUUGCAGCCCUAAUUCCGCUCUGCAAAAGAAGCGCCGCCUCCCGCCCCUUGCCGUCCUGCCUCCACGUCUGUGCGCGUCAGGAGGGCAGUCCCCGAGGCGGCAACCCCACGUUGUUGCAGGCCGUUGGGAAGUGAGAUCAGUUUCCCGGACACAGCCCGAUUAGGAAUUGAACUCAUUAGCUACUGUUGUUGCAGCAGCAGGGCAAGCGCUGGGUUGGGACGCGGCAGCAGCCGAGUGCCGCGACUUCGCGCAAGGCUCUGGGACUGUCUGGCCAGCCUCGCUUGGCCGACGCCAUGGUGGGCACGAGGAGCGUGUAUUCUUCCCUCCUGCCGGGUCUCUGCCUCUGCUUCGCAUUGAUGGGCGCGCAGGGGCAAGCCAGGCAAGGGAGGCCGUGGGAGCGCAGGGAGGAGGGUCAGGGGAGCUCGACCCUGCUGGGCAACGCACACUACGAGAGGCUGCAGAAGCAGCUGGGGACCGUGAGCGCCCUCUCCAAGAGGUAUUGGCAGUUCCUGGCCUGCAGGCUGUGGCAGGAGGAGGAGGAGGAGUGCCAGGAGCAGGAGGAGGAGGAGGGGCAAGAGAUGCUGAGCGUGGACCAGGAGGCAGGCGGCCGCGAGGUCAUCCUGGAACAGCAAGGGUGGAGCUUGCCCCUCAUGAGCGAAAUUGUCUCCAAGUGGUACUGCAGCUUUGGAAAGUGCUGUGCGACAGGAGACUGCAGAGUGACCAACAACAUCACAGGGUUGGAGCUGGACUUGAGCAAGCGACUCCAUGGACAACACCUGGCAAAAGAUGUAGUUCUGAAAGCAGUUCAGGGCUUCCUGGAGACCCCACAGCCAGAGAAAGCACUGGCCCUUUCAUUUCAUGGCUGGUCUGGGACAGGCAAAAACUUUGUCACUCGGAUAAUGGCAGAACACCUUUACCGGGAUGGUCUGAAGAGUGAAUGUGUCAAAGUCUUUAUCUCACUGUUUCACUUCCCCCACCCCAAGUAUGUGGACAUGUAUAAGGUCCAGCUAGCGAAGCAGAUCAGCGAGACGGUGCAGCUGUGCAAGCAGUCACUUUUCAUCUUUGAUGAGGCAGAGAAGCUUCAUGUUGGUCUCCUAGAUGUCAUCAAGCCCUAUAUGGAUCACUAUGACAGUGUUGAUAUGAUUGAUUACCGGCGGUCCAUCUUCUUAUUCCUUAGCAAUACUGGUGGCAACGUAAUUAAUGAGGUGGCCUUGGCUUUCUGGCGUGCUGGUAGAGCCAGAGAGGAAAUCACCAUGGAAUAUUUGGAACAAUAUUUGCGGACAGAAUUGCUGGGGUCCACAGAUGAGGGUUAUGCCCAGAACUGGCUUCUGGAAGAGAACCUCAUCGACUUCCUGGUACCUUUUCUACCCCUGGAGUAUCGCCACGUGAAGCUGUGUGCUCAAGACGCUUUCUUGGCCCGGGGCCUUCCAUUCACUGAAGAAGCAUUGGAUGAAGUUGCAAGGAUGAUGGUGUUUGUCCCCAAGGAGGAGAAACUUUUCUCUGCACAGGGCUGCAAGUCAGUUUCCCAGCGUAUAAACUACUUCAUAUCCUGAUGUUAGGGUUUGGCUGCACAAGAGAACUGCAGUGCAACCAACUCUAUUACUUAUCCAAGGGCCAGAUAUCUUGUAACAUUUGUUGUACUGUGACGGGACAUUAAAAUUCCCUACAAUGUGGGGGCUGCUGGGCCUGAAAAAAAUGGCAACGCUGAAACCUGCUGCAGGAGCUUACUAAAGAACUUGCAUCAGAAAAGUAGAGGUGUUGUCAAGGAGGAAACAUCAUGUAGCUGGAAUCUACAUUAAGAGUGCUGCUGAAGAGGCACUUGCAGUUUAGGGCACUCACUCGUCCAUUGCACUGUGUGUCUAGGCUGGUCUUGGAGAAAAAAAUAGGAACGGAACUCCAAGAUGAGCAAAAGUUCUUCAUUUUGUUUUCAUGCCUGGAGCUUCUUUGGGCCACUUUACAAAAGCAGAAACAACUUCCUGCUUUGCUCUUUUAAGAACUUGACUGAACAAAGAACCAGAAAAUUUGCUUGCCAUGCAAUAGGCUACUUCCUCUUCCAGUGUCCUUGAACGAAGAUUGUGAGGUAGGAAUGAGGUAGACUGCUGUUACUUGAAGACUGGAUACUUUUCUUUAUCCAGCUUUCAACACACAUGAGUUGUUUGUGGUAUGUUGGAAAGCUAUGGCCAAUUGCUAUUUCCUUAAGUACGCAUAGACAAUCAAGAACUCACACAUGCAAAAUCUGAUUAAGUUUACCCAUGAAGGCAUUUAAAGCUGGAAGGCCAUGCUGGUAUGAUCAAAGUGUGCAUGUGCAUAGAAGUCAUGGUUGGUGUCAAGUCAGAACUGCAUGUUCCAGCACGAUGCACUUCCAACCCAGCGCUUAAGUGUGCCAAGCAUGUUGAGCAAUAAGUGUACAGUCUGUGUGAGAUAAGGCAACCACUGUUUGCACAAGCCGGUCAGCAUUUGCUAGCAUUGCACAUCCACAUCUUUGUAAACGAAAACUUGGCACUGUUACAGACUUCUGUUAUAGCACAAAAUACAAAGGGUGGUUAAACUAAGUGUUCAUAACCUGUAUCAAGGGGUGCUUACUUCAGCCCUGUUUGGACCAGACACAUCCAAGCUGCACCCUGGAUUACCUAUGGAGCUUCUUAGCCCACUAGACACCUAGAGACGGAUCUAGUAUUUGCUGAAAGCCUAUGGGGUAAUCUAUGCACUAGUUGCUAGUUUGUUUCCAGCUGUGAUGCAAGAUGCUGCUGGUUACCUUUAAAGCCCUAGAUACAUGUGGGGCAGGGCAGUCCUUAAGGGAUUUGCCUAGCCCAUAAGACCUUCUAGAGAGGCCCUCUUGUGCCUCCCACCAGCUACUGAGACUCAAGUGGCGGAGACUUACAAGUGGGCCUUUCCAAUGGUAGCCCCUUCAUCAUGGAAGUCCCUUCCUGUGGAAAUAUGGCUGGAUCUGUCCCAGCUUCUUUUUAGACAUAAGCUUAAGUCUUGUUUUAGCAAGCCUUUGAGACCACGUGAGGAACUUCUCCAUUGUGCUGCUCUAUCAUUAGCUGAUUUUAAUGUUCACUUUUAUGUCGGUAAUAAUUAUGCUGCUUAUAUAGAUUGUGUGAAUUUUGAGUGUUUUUGUUAUUGAAGAUUGUUUUAAAUCCUAUUUGUAAGCUGCUCUGACUCUUUCAGAGAAAGGCAGUGUAGAAAACUUUAAAAAUAAAUGUGCAUAGGCCUGAAUCAUGCAGUUGUUCGCAUGAUUUUAUGUGUGGUAAUGACAACAGUGGGUAGAGGUUUGAACUGAGGUUCUGGGCAAGUUCAUGCAUGAUUGCCUGUUGGGAUUAGAUAUGGCAGAGGGUACCCAAUGUGUGGGGCUGCUGCAAUCCCAUACCCUCAACACUAGAGGUGCAGCUAGGUAAUGUUGGACCCUAGACCUAAUGGGCUGGGGGGGUUGGUUCAGAAUAAGCAUCCUCUCUCUUCCUCCCUCAAUAAAUAAAUACAAGCUAGGAUGACUCUGGGGGCACGAGCAAGGCCAAGGUGGCAAGCUUAGGCAACAGCAGUAGGCACACAGUGUGCAGCACUCAUGGGCACCACUCUGCCUCUUUGGGCUUUAUGUACCUGCUGUCCAAAAGAGCUAGGGAUUGCUGGUUGGGCAGGAAAGCAAGCAGAGAGGCGGUAGUGCACAGUGCACUAGGCUGACUGCCUCAGCCAGCCCCUACCCAUUGAACAGCUGAUCACUGGGUGGGGGAAGGAGCAGCAGCCUGCCCACACAUGCAGAUACUACCAUUGGUGAGCACCAGGCUGCUAUUGUGGAGGAAUCUGUUGAUGCUGGUACAAGGAAGAGAUUCCUAGGGGGGCAGCAGGAGUGCUGAUGGAUUUGGGCCCCAAGGUCCAAGGGGAUGGGUGCCACUGCUCAGUACACACAACUGCUAUCUAUCCAUCCAAAUUAGGCCUUUUCAAAAGGAGGCAUAAUCUAUGGAAAGCAUGUCGGCAACUGGGAUUUUCUGCACACUCGCAUUCUAAAAGUGACACUUUACUCAGCUCGAAAUGUAACAUAGUAGGUGGUAACACACAACCAGCAUAGAAGUUAUUGGGCAGGUUUUGUGUGGCAAAGUCAAGCCCAGUUGAUUUUCUGUGCUUGUCUAUGCUGCAAAGCUAUGUCCAGUUGCUACUUCUCUGUUCCUUUAUAGUCAAUGAAGUACAUACAUGUUCAGUUGUGGGUUAAUUUCUUAUGAGAGUUACAAAUUAUUUCCUACACAGAAUGGUUGCGCAGAGGGCACAGACCACAGCCCCUAAGGAUUACACAAAACUGCAGAGGUUCUAUUUGCUUAUUACACUUUAUGACUGCUGGCUAGAAAAAAUACUAUAAGCUUGUAUUUGCUGUCUAUGUUUGCCUGCCAAAUGACAAAGCAUGUAUGACCAAAGCAAAAAUGUCCAAAUGUUUACUUUCUCGUCUGGAGGUCAAUAAUACCUUCCAACGUAGUCAUUGUUGUGAAAAAGAGAUGCAAUACUACAGAGAUGUGUGAUCCGCUGUUUGGCCAUUGGACUUGUGGCCCUGUCGUAGUUUUGGGGUUGAAAGCCAUAAGUGAAAUAUUAAGCACAUGGCUUCCACAGGGUUCAGCGAACUUGGCAAAGUUCUCCCAAGGCAGUCUAUAGCCCAAGGGAGAACACUGGGUAGACUUCCAGCAAUGCAAUGAUGUGGAGAGAUUUGAACUAUAGAAACUUUUAUUCAAAACUCACAGGAGUGAGUGUGUGUAUGCACUUUGGUUUCAGUCUAACAUUGCAAGGAUAAAGGCUGCAUUUGUUUUAGCGGUU